AAAAUCUAAUCCGCUCCAUCCAUCUAAGUUUAAAACUAGUAUUUUUUUUUAGUUUAAUUACAUUGGCUAUCACUAUACAAAGGUUUUGGUCAUGUUGAAUUAUAGUAACUCAUUCAUUGAUCCAACUCAUUAGAUACCUCUACUAGUCUUUUCGGCAAGUUCCAGAACCUUACACGCGCUCCGUACAAUAAAAUUUUAUACGUAUCUUUUAUUUUUUCCAUUAUAAAAGAAGACCUAUUUACGAUGCAACACGCAUUGGAACUAUAACAACCCAUACCGCACUACUUAUAUCAAGUAAGAAUAUGAAGCAUGUGAAGUAGGGACUCUCCCACAUGGAACCAAUUGACCUGCCGUGGCACGCAACAUAUUGCAAUUUGCUAGCAGACUCUAUAAAUAUAUAGACUAGAACAACUCAGUCAAAUCAUCAAACACCUUCAGUGCAUUAUUCCUCUCACAUCAAAUACCAAAACUUAUCUUCAAAAUCAAAGAUCUAGUGAUGGGCAUUAUUCGUUUACCAUCAAUUAUUUCCAGUUUGAAGCAAUUUCACAAACUACACUCUGCUGUUGCUCGGAGUCAAAUAACAGAUGUACCAAAAGGACAUUUAGCAGUUUACGUUGGAGAAACAGAGAAAAAGCAGCGAUACGUAGUUCCAAUUGCAUACCUGAAUCACAGUUCGUUCCAGGAAUUGCUUCAGAAAGCUGAGGAAGAAUUUGGAUUUCAACAUUCAAUGGGCGGUCUCACAAUACCCUGCAACGAGGAUGCAUUUUUCCAUGUUACUUCUCGAUUGAACAAUUCCUUAUGAUGAAACAAUUAUAUUAGUGAUAGAUUAUAGUAGAGAUUAAUUAGUGUUUUCCUCUUUCAUUCUUUUUUUCUCACUCUGAGAAUGUUAACUGUAUGUACAAAGCUUACCACUACAAUCAAAUGGAAUUCCAAUUCUCGAAA